AUGCGCUGCUGCUCGUCUUCGACGGCGCGCAUCUUCACGCUCUUUUUCUUCGCACUCCUUUCGGCACAGUCCUUCGCGCUCGCCAGCGCCGAGUCCACGUCCUCGGACUCUCCAUCGUCCACAGUCGCGACCACAUCCAACUCCGUCACCCCCACUUCGACUGCAGCUAGCACUACGUCGGCCGCUGCCACCGCGAGCCAGUCAUCUGUAGUAGAAUCUACGUCGGCUGCCGCGUCCACGACUUCACAUGCGUCGAGCACCGAAGCUACUUCCGCGUCCACUUCCUCCACCGAUGCAGAGUCUAGUACUUCCGCCUCAUCCAAGGCCAUGUCCUCGUCUUCAUCUGUAUCUGCGACGUCUUCCUCGACCUCUGCAGCUGACUCGUCUUCAGCUGCUUCCUCGUCCCCCGGUUCGUCUUCCGUCUCUGCUUCGACUUCCUCAGCCUCCGGGAGUGUCUCCUCCGCAGUAUCGUCCUCCUCUACCACCAAUUCCGCAGUAGCUCUCGUCACACAGGCAAUCCUCAACACAAGUACACACUCGAGUUCUGUAGCGACAACCACUAGCACCGCCUCCACAAGCGCAUCGUCCAGCUCGUCGUCAUCACCGUCCGCGGCAUCCACCUCCAAGUCGUCCUCCGGCUUCUGGUCACACAAAGCCGCGGUCAUCGUCGUCUUCAUCGCCGUAGGCUUGGUCGGAAUAUUCAUACUCCUCGCCAUCAUCCUGCGCAUCGUCCGAUACCACCGGAACAAAGACUUCCACGUAGAGGACCCGUCGUAUUUCGAGAAGGACCUUCACCCAACGGGAAGCUACGCCGACCUGCACGGCGAUAUCGAUGACGGCCGCAGCGUAGCAGACGACGGCAUCCCAGAUCGCACGUCGCGCUUCGUGGAUGCACAAGGCGGCGGCCGCGACUCCAUCGUCGAAUACGCGCGUGGCACGGCGUAUGCUGCGGCACGCGUCCAGCCUGGACCGUACGCGUACAACGGUGCUCCCGGCGCGUACAGCGGCGGAUUUACGAACGCACACUAUCACGUCCAGCCUGCGGAUACUUUGGGUUCGGGUGACCCGUAUAGUAUCGCCAGGCCUGCGGAGAGUGCGCAUGCGGGUAAUUACUCGUAUGCGGCGCAGACUUACGGUAUGCCCGGUGCUGCGCAAGCUCCGUACUAUGGACAGGCCACCAACGGCUAUCUGGUCGAUACCCGCUGA